CAUGUGACAUCACCGGGCGCGUCUCCCCGGCAACGGUGCCGCUGGUUCGAGUCCCGGCCCCGCCGGGUCCCUUCGCGUCCCCCCCGUGUCCCCCUCCGUGUCCCCCCGUGUCCCCUCUCUGUGCCCCCCGCCAUGCUCCGCGACGAGGACACCGAGGCGGAUUUCCAGCGCUUCCUCCGCCGCGUGGACGAAGUCAGCAAUUUGCUGCAAGGCCUGAAGUCCCCAGACUCAGCUGUCAAGGAAAAAGCCCUUGCUGAGGCAGAGAAAAGGCUCCAGGAGGAAGGAACCAGCAGUGGGGAGGAAACCAAGACCACGGUGAACAGGACAGUCAUCAACACCCGAGCCUCUGGCCCAGCAGAGGCAGCGAAUCCAGACGCUUUCCUGGCAGCGCUGGAAAAGGACGCGAAAGAACGAGCUCAGCAGAGGAAGAGAAAGGAGCAGCUGGCAAAUGCUCUGAAGGAGGAGGGGAACGAGGCCUUCAGGAGGGGAGACCUUGCCAGGGCCAUCCAGAGGUACUCGGAGGGGCUGCAGCAGCUGCGGGACAAGCAGGAGCUCUACACCAACAGGGCACAGGCCUACCUGAAGAUCCAGGAGUACGAAAAAGCCAUUGGUGACUGUGAAUGGGCAUUAAAGUGCAAUGAAAAAUGCAUUAAAGCCUAUUUUCUUAUGGGGAAGGCUCACCUGGCACUUAAACACUACCCUGAGUCCAGGCAGUGUUAUGAGAAGAUGCUGCAGGUUGAUCCCCAGCAGGAAAGGCUGUUCAGAGCCUGUGUGGCCGAGGUGAACCUGGAGGAGAAGAAGAUGAAGGAUGAAGAGAGAGCAGAGGAGGAGGUUCAGGCUGGAACUGUUGCUGCCCUGACCAUCAAAGAGCUGCUGCAGAGACUUGGCACCCCUGGCCAGGAUAUCCUGUUCUACACAGGGGGCAUCAGGCUUUUGGCAGCAGCUGUGAAGGACUGCACUGGGCAAACGUUAUUUAGAACAAACAAUGGCUUCAGUAUCCUCGGAGACAACGGGGCUGUUCGAGGGUGCCUCUGUGCAGAGAGGAGGAGCCCAGCUGCACUGGAGCUGUGUGUGUCUGUCCUCGUGCUCUGGCAGGCUGUGUGUGCUGCCAAUGAAGAAAAUCAGCGUCUCCUGCUGGCUCAGCCUGCUGUGAGUGCCCAGCUGCCAGAGCUGCUGUCCUGUGGGAUACUGGAGAUCCAGAGGGAGACCCUGGCACUGAUUUCUCUUUACUCAGAGAGUGAGAGUGGGAGGAAACUGCUGGUCAAGCACCAGGACCUGACCAGAUGGCUGCAGAUUCUGAUGGCAUUUGUCAAGUGCAGCGAUGCCAGGGCUGGCAGUGCCAUGAACAUACUGUGUGAUUUAAUUGCAGAGGAGAGGUUCAAAGCCCAGUGUCGGGUCCUGCUUUCCACGGGGGCUUUACCUUUAUUCACCCAGCUGCUGGUGUCUGGCAGGCAGGUGAACCUGGCAGCCCUGUCCUGUGCCAUCAGCAUCAUGGGCAGCCUGUGUGCAGACCCAGGGAUUCGAGCCCAGCUGGCUGAGAGCAGGGACUGCUGGCAGGGCUGCCUGAAGCUGCUGGAGGAAAGCCUUGAUGGCAGCACACCCAGCUACCAGGAGUGUGUGUUUGCAGUGCUGGGCCUGAUGAUGAACUUGCUGCUUGAAUCCAAUGGGACCAUCCAGGACUUGGCUGUGGCCAUCAGUGGCAGGUGCCUGGCUCUGCUCAGCCACCAGGACGGCAGGAUUGUCACAAGGGCCAUUGGGGUGCUGAGCCGUGCCCUGCCAGCAUCCCCUGUGGCUGUGGAGGAAGCAGUGAGAGGAGGGGUGGUGAAGAAAAUGAUCAAAUUCCUGAAGGCUGGAGGGCAGCUCACGGCCCGUUAUGGCAUUAAGACCCUUUGCAUCUGCACCAGGAGCAGCAGGCAGGCUCAGGAGGAGCUGGUGAAGGCAGAUAAAAGGUUUGCUGUGCUGCUGAGCCUGCUCGAGUCCCAGGAGGAGCUGGUGGUGGGAAACGCUGCUCUGUGCCUCAGCCAGUGCCUGGGUGUGCCGGGAGCAGGGACAGCCCUGCUGGGUUCCAGGGUGGUGCUGCUGCUGCUGGGACACGCUGGGGGUGACGCUGCCAGGGCUGAGGUGCAGGAGAACGCGGCCAUCGCCCUGGGGAAGCUCUGUGCUGCUGAGCCAAGGCAUAUUCCUCAGCUGAGGAAGCUCAAUGGCCUGGCCAUCCUCAACUCCUCCAUGAAACACCUGCACAGCAGCUGAACCCUUCAGGAGACCUCCCAAACCUGUUCUUAAUACCACUUAUUGUUAAGUAUUCUUUUCUUUAAUAAAGCUAACUCGAAGCACAUCAGCUUCUCAGUCCCUUUG